AUGUUUGUCGCUGGCAUCCUGGUCGGCGUGGCCAUACUACUCUCUCAAACCUCACUCUAUCAUAGUUCGUUCGUAGCAGCGAGUGAUUGUUGGGAGGGAACAGCAUGUACUGGGCCCACAGUAGCAGCUUUCCAAGACUCAAAAUGGGAGAAAUAUAACUAUUCGCCAACGAACCGCACCGUCUUCCCAAAAAAAGUGUUGUCUGCGGAUAAAGCUCCCAUUGCAGACUAUCCGCUCAACAUCACUUUUACAGGCAACAACCAGGUCCUCAUAUUUGACUUUGGACAAUUGACAGGUGGUACGGUCCAAUUGAAUUACACGGCGAAAGAAGUUGGUGAAAUUGGUCUAGCAUUCUCUGAAUCUCUCAACUGGGUUGGAGAAAAUUCCGAUUUCUCAAAUGGGUCUGGUGGAGAUGAUGGAGCCAUCCUCUUCCAUGUCGCACCGACUGCAGAAACACUUGGGUUCUAUCAAAUGCCUGUGGACAAAAUUCGUGGCGGGUUUCGAUAUCUGACCCUUUUUACGAAAAACAGUGGCUCAACUCAAGUGGUUAAUGUAACCGAGAUCAAGGUAGUAGUCGGGUUUGCACCGUCGUGGCCAAACCUUAGGGCCUACCAAGGAUACUUCUAUUCAAAUGAUGACAAACUCAACAAAAUCUGGUACGCUGGCGCUUAUACUCUACAGACAAAUUCGGUCCCUCCAAAGACUGGGCGUGCUUUUCCGAUUCUCGGUGGAGGCUGGGAAAACAAUCAGUCAUUAGAUUUGGGUCUCAAUCAGCCUACUAUCUAUGUUGAUGGAAGCAAGCGCGAUAGAACUGUUUGGUCCGGUGAUCUUACGGUUGCUAUUCCAAGUAUUCUCAUUAGCACUGGAGAUUUUGCUGGAGUUAAGUCUACACUUCUGGUGUUGUACAAGGGCCAGCGCGCAGAUGGUUGCCUUCCAUUUGCUGGUCCUGCCAUAAAUAAUUAUGAUUCAGACACUUACCAUAUGUCCACACUCAUCGGAACUCACGACUAUUUCAUUCAUACUAACGAGCGUGACUUUCUAGACUCCAUUUGGGAAAGAUACGUUCACGCUAUGGACUAUAUAACCAAGAAAAUCGACGGCAGCGGCGCUCUCCAUGUCACCGGUAUAGAAGACUGGGGCCGUAAUGGACAAGGCGGACACAACACGGAAGCGCAAAUGCUUUUAUAUCGUACCCUCCGUACCGCAUCAGCAAUGGCAAGAUGGAAAGACGAAACCGCGCGCUCCAGCACCUGGUGGGCGCAAGCAGACGCUCUGCAAGUCAUAAUCAACACGCAAUACUGGGAUGACUCGGCAGGCGCCUUCAAAGAAAGCGACGUAGAUGCCUCCAUCCACCCACAAGACGGCAACUCUCUUGCUCUCUCCUACUCCGUCGCGGACGCCUCAAAGAUGUCCAAAAUUUCCUCAUCACUCACAAAGAAUUGGAUCGAAAUCGGCGCUGUAAGUCCUGAAUUGCCACAUAACAUCGUCACGUUCAUCGAGUCCAUCGAAGUCAAAGGCCAUUUCGCUGCGCGUCAACCGACACGGGCCCUAGAUCUCAUCCGUCGCUCGUGGGGCUGGUAUCUGGAUAAUCCGCUCGGUACGGGAAGUACGACUAUUGAGGGAUACCGCGACGAUGGAACGUUCGGAUAUCGUUCUGAGAAAGGAUAUCCGAGUUUCUCGUAUACAUCGCAUGCGCAUGGCUGGGGCUCAGGACCUACAGAUGCGCUUACGACUUAUCUCGUCGGUCUUCGUGUUACUGAACCUGGUGGAUCAUCUUGGAAUCUGAGUCCGCAAUUUGGGGAUUUGAAGCAUGCGGAAGCGGGAUUUACGACCCCGCGGGGGAAAUUCUUGGCCGCUUGGGAUGUUAAAGAUGACGGCUAUGCUAUUGGAUGGGCUGUGCCGGAGGAUACAGAUGGGACUUUGAUCCUACCGGCGAGAGGCGGUGCGGUAUUUAAUCAGACUAAUGGGCCUGGCAUUAUGGAUAUGAUGGGAUUGAAGAUCGAUGCAGAGAUGAACCUUGUCACUCUUAAAGUGAAGGGAAGUGGCGAUAUUAGCGUCAAGUAUUAA